AUGGCGCGAGACGAUGCAGCGAGCGACACGCACGUCUAUGCGCCAGGCAACAAGCAUCAAGUCCUCGAAAAUGCGCCAAAGACCAUCAAAGAACUUCGCUUUGGCGUUCUAUCUGACAGAGACGUCGUCAAUCAAUCCUACGUAGAACUCGCAGACCGGCGAAUAUUCGACCUUGACAAAGGCAGAGCCUACGCCGAGUAUGGACCUCUCGACAAACGCAUGGGCGUUUCGAUCAAGAGUGAUGUGUGCUCGACUUGCGGCCUUCCACUCCAGACCUGCAACGGUCACUUUGGCAACAUCAAGCUGGUUCUACCUGUCUACCAUGUUGGAUACUUCAAGAAAGAUUGCUCUUGUAUCCUUCUUUCAGAAGUCGAUCGGCGCAGAUUCCUAGCGCAAAUCCGCCGGGCCGGGAAUGAUGACAUGCGAGUUGCCAAAGCCGUCCGAAAUGUCACUGAACAGUGUAAGAAGGCGAAGGAAUGCUACCAAUGCGGGUCGACGAAUGGUCAGGUCCGUAAGGCGGGCUCACAAUCGUUGAAGAUCAUGCAUCACAAGUUCAAGACAUUCGACGCCUCGACAAGAAAAGACAAAAUGUCCAACGUGCCCCUUGAGAAGCAGGCGUUCGACUCUUCCUUCGAUUUCGCCAAGAGAACGAACACCGAGCUCGACAAGCACGUCAAGAAAGCCAUGGACGAUCUAGAUGCCCUUCGUACACUCAAGCUCUUUCGUAGAAUCUCUCGAGCCGAUCGAGAACUCCUUGGCCUUCGAGACACAAAACCGCAGUCAUUCCUCUGGCUCCAGAUUCCGGCACCACCGGUGGCAAUCCGCCCAUCUGUCGGUCAAGAAGGCUCGAGUACGGAGGAUGACCUAACAGCCAAGCUCGGCGAUAUCGUACAAGCCAACAACGCCCUUCGGGAUGCUCUCAAGAAAGGCGCUCCAGUCCAGUCGCUGAUUGAGCACUGGGAUUAUCUCGGCUUGCAGCUAGCCAUGUAUAUCAACAGCGACGUGCCAGGACUUGCGAAGGCCGAGUUCGGGAAGCAGAUCCGUGGAUUGGUUCAACGUCUGAAGGGUAAGCAAGGACGCUUCCGUGGCAACCUAUCAGGAAAACGUGUGGACUUUUCAGGUCGGACUGUCAUAUCGCCUGAUCCGAAUCUCAAUAUCGACGAAGUAGCGGUACCCGUCUUGGUCGCCAAGAACAUGACCUAUCCCGAGGUCGUUAACCGGUACAACUACAAGAAACUCCAGGAGCGUGUCAGGAACGGCGCAAAACAGUGGCCUGGAGCCAACUUCAUCACCAAGAAAGCGACUAACGUCAAGCACAACCUGCGCUUCGGGAACCGCCAAAUGCUAGCCAAUAACCUGCAAGAUGGUGAUGUGAUAGAGCGGCAUUUGGAAGACGGCGAUAUUGUUCUCUUCAAUCGACAACCCUCGCUCCACAAGCUCAGUAUCCUCAGUCACCGCGUUCGCGUCAGACCACACAGAACGUUCCGCCUCAAUGAAUGUGUCUGCAAUCCAUACAACGCCGAUUUCGAUGGAGACGAAAUGAAUCUACACGUGCCGCAGACCGAAGAAGCACGGACCGAAGCUACACAGCUUAUGGGCGUCAAGCACAACAUCGUGACACCGAAGAACGGCGAACCGAUCAUUUCUGCAAUACAGGAUUUCAUCACUGCAGCGUAUCUGCUAAGCAGUCUCGAUGUGUUCUAUGAUCGGAAGACGUUCGUUACUAUUUGUUGCGGCAUGCUAGAACCUGGCGAGAGAUUCGAUCUCCCUACUCCGGCGAUCUUCAAGCCACAAGCUUUGUGGACUGGGAAGCAAGUCUUCAGCGUCAUGAUCAAGCCCGACCGGCAUUCGAACGUAGCGGUCAACCUCGAUGCCUCCUGCAGAGACCACAAAGUCUACCACCCGGGUUUGCAUCGCGAUCUACAGGAUGACAGCUUUCUCUGCAUUCGCAACUCCGAAGUUUUGUGCGGCAGAAUGGACAAAGCGACCGUGGGCGCUGGGAAGAAGAAUUCCGUAUUCUACGUGCUCUAUCGCGACUUUGGACCAGAUGCAGCGGCUAAAGCCAUGACUCGUCUGUCGAGGUUAUGCGCGCGAUGGCUAGGUAAUCAAGGCUUUUCUGUCGGCAUCAGCGAUGUCACGCCCCCAGAGAUGCUCAGGCAAGUCAAGGACGACAAGAUCAAGGAAGUCUUCGACCAGUGCAAGGAAUUCACUUCCGAUUCUAAAGCCGGGCGACUCAAGCGACGCGCUGGUAUGGACGAUGCAGCCACUCUUGAAGCGGAGCAAAUUCGGGUGCUGUCAACAGUCCGAACAGAAAUCGCAGGCAUCCUCACUAAACAGCUCAGCAAGCACAACGCUCCCAUGGUUAUGGCGUUAUCCGGAUCAAAGGGCUCGAACGUGAAUGUGGCUCAAAUGGCUGCCCUGCUCGGCCAGCAAGAUAUUGAAGGCAAGCGUGUACAAGACGGGUUCCAGGACCGAACGCUUCCACAUUUCGUCAAGCACGAACGAUCCCCAGAAUCGAAAGGCUUCGUUUCAAACAGUUUCUUCAGCGGCCUUUUGCCUUACGAGUUCCUCUUCCAUGCAGUCGGCGGUCGUGUAGGCCUGGUCGAUACUGCUGUGAAGACAGCAGAGACUGGUUACAUGAGUCGAAGACUGAUGAAGUCACUGGAAGAUCUUUCUACACAGUACGACCAAACUGUUCGCAACUCCACGUCGGAUGUGAUUCAGUUCCGCUUUGGCGACGACGAGCUCGACCCGGUGGACAUGGAAGCCAGCGCCAGACCAGUUGAUUUCGAUCGUACGUAUACUCAUAUCGAUACCAUCACCUACGACUCGGAAGACCCCGGCCUUCAGACCGCCACGAUACUGGGCGUCAUGGAAGAGAUCCUGAGACCGCAAAGAGCACGUUACCAGCGAUUGCACUCUGAUGGGACGAUACUGCCUUACGACACCCUCGAUGAUGCUUUAGUCGAUCAGCAUGAAAGUCCUCGAGCUUUCCUGCAGACCAUUUACGAUUUCGUCAUGGCCAAAUGCAUUGCCUUUGAUGAGGCGAGGGCCGAGAAAGCAAAAGUCACGGCUGUUGCAUCAAGCUCUGGCAGCUCGAAGCGAAAGCGCACUACAUCGAAUGACGUUCAAGAAGAGCCUUCAGCACCAACAACGCGUAGAGGAGGUCGCAAGACUACUGAAACCGCUGGCUCCAACUUGAAGACAUCGAAAAAGCAAAAGACGGCGGCUCGCGCAACGGAAGAGGCUGUCCACGCCCUCGCUGUUCCUCGAGCUGCCAAAGACCGCUUUGAACUCACGUCGAAAUUGUCACGCAAGACACUUGAAGCUUUCAUCAACGCUUGCCUUGAGAAAUACAAACGAGCGCAAGUGGAGCCAGGUCAUGCCGUAGGCGCUGUCGGUGCACAGUCAAUCGGCGAGCCAGGUACGCAGAUGACCUUGAAGACCUUCCAUUUCGCUGGCGUGGCCGGUAUGAGCUUGACAGCCGGCGUCCCUCGUAUCAAAGAGAUCAUCAACGCUUCGAAAACGAUCAGCACACCCGUCAUCACUUGUCGCCUUGAGCGCAGAAGCGAUUUGACCAUUCCUGAGGGCUUGGCACAGAUUGUGAAAGGUCGAAUCGAGAGUCUCUUCCUAGAAGAUGUCAUGUCAUACAUUCAGAUAUCCCACAGCCCUGAUCGCGAGAGUUGUCUUUAUCUCAAGAUUGACCUUGACACGAUCGCAGACCUUGGCUUGGACAUCACCAUGGUCGACAUAAUCAAGAAGAUCAAGGAUCAUCGCAAGUUCAAGGGCGGCAAGAUCUCAGUCAAACUUCGGGGAAGCGAUAUCAUCCGCAUUGACUCGUUGACUCCGAUCAAAUCUGGCAAGCGCGGUAUGCUACGCCGCUUUCUGCCUGGCUUGCCAAUCCUAGGGCAUCCCCUUGCGACACGUGCUGUGGUGAUGGCCGAGGACGAUCCAAGAUCCGAUGAGAUCAAAGCAAAACGUGCGGAGCUCACAUCAGGAGUCCCGUCACCCGGCUCACCGAUGCAAAUCGAUAUCAAGCCCGAGCCUACUUCUUCUCCGGAAGUUACGAAGAAGACGGCGAAGGUGAGAGGUAAAAAGGGCGCAUCGGCCACAGCAUCUGAGCCGGCAAUCAAAGUCGAGGAAACGGCAGCCCAAGCUCCAUCCAUGAUCCCUCCAUCUACAGUUCCCGAUACUGGCAAGCCUAUUCAAAUGCACAAGGUCAUGGUCGAGGGCUACGGCCUACAGGCGUGCAUGAAUACACCAGGCGUUGACCCUUAUGCGACACAGACCAACAGCAUCAUGGAGACAAACCAGUUCCUCGGCAUAGAGGCAGCACGCAGCAAGAUCAUCACCGAGAUCCAGGAAGUGACGAAGGGCUUGUCCAUCGACCCUCGUCACAUGUACCUUCUGGCGGACGUGAUGACUUACAAGGGUGACGUCCUUGGUAUCACUCGGUUCGGGCUGGCUAAGAUGAGUUCGUCGGUGCUGCAGCUCGCCAGUUUCGAGAAGACGGCCGACCAUGUCUUUGAAGCUGGUAUCGCGGGCAAGGCCGACAAGGUCAAGGGUGUCAGUGAAAGCGUCAUAGUUGGCAAGACGAUGAAUGUUGGCACAGGUAGUGUCAGCGUGGUGCGAGCGAUGAGGUUCCUGGAUGAAGAAGUGAAUAGGGAGCGCAAAAGCACGCUGUUCGAGGAGGCGUGGGGAGAGAGUGCUUGA